AUGUCUGUUUGUGCCAUCGUUGAUGCUAUGUUUGAAGCUAGAGAAGGCUACCAAAUAAAAAGGAUAUUUCCCGAUAACGUAAGUCUUGAAGGAAUUGAAUAUUCUCUUUUUCCUAGCGGGAUUCAACAGUUGGAUCGGUGCAUGGUAGCAUUUCGAUUUCGAAACCAGCUAUGUUUAAGCGUUUACAGGAAGAAACUAGGAGAGUAUUAUGAAAGGAAUGCAUAUUUCUCUUCAAUUGGUAUUCUCUUGGAAGAUGUGAAUAUGAGCGUCGAGGAAGCUGCUGCGAAAUACUUGAAUCUUUUGGACUUCGUAUCAAAAGCCAUUGUCUCCCCCAGUUCAUUGAAAGAUCCCGAGAAUGUGCUUCAAUUUGUUUACCAUGAUUUUCAAAAGGCCAUUCAAUCUUCGUACAAUGCCGGUGAGCCUUUAGAAGAGUAUCAGCAAGGAUUGCAAUCAGCCGUGAUAGAGCAAGACUUCAGUGCCAUUCUUUCCAUCUUCAAUACUAGGGAACAACUUACGUAUGAUUCAUUUUCUCCUAGUCUAGUUCGACAUUAUUAUUCAUUGAUAGAUAAUUGGCUCGGUCCGGUUUUCCUCAUUUUAUAUAAAUGUUUGAUGCAAAAGAAGCGGAUCCUCUUGGUUUCAUCACCAAGUGAAGAGAUAUACUCGAUUAUGGAUAGCAUGACUCGUUUAACUUCUGUUUCUGGUGAAGAAAAUCGUGUUCUUCCAAAUCCCUUAUGCAAGUUCUAUUCUGUAGGCCUUACAGAUAUCGACAUCCUUGAAAAUUCGAAUCAGGAAAGUGGGUGGAUAGCCUCCACGACUGAUUCGGUAUUGUUAUCAAAAUCUUCUCUUUAUGAUGUUGCCUUCAUUUGGCCAACAAACCCGUUAUCCAAGCCGGGUCCUCCAAAAAUACAGCUUUCUAAUGGCUAUUCUUUAAAACAUUCCUAUGAGGAUUUAUUGAAUUCACGUUUGAUUUCUGACAAAUUUGAUCCACGGAUUGCAAGUACCUCAAAAUUCACGAAUUAUUCAAUUGGUGCUAUAAUACAUAUCAUCCUUUUCAACUCUACACGCUUUCAUUUGGUUCAAUCCUUAGUUUCCACUAAUCAAACAAAUUUAUUUGCAGCUUUUCCGAGGUACAAUCAGUUUCUUUUGAACCUCUUGAAUCAGCACCAUGACAGCAUUGGCAUUUCAGAUAUGAGAAACUUUGGGUGGAACCCCUUUAGACAACUCGAUCGUGAUUUUGUUUUUAAUGUUGCUCAGUUUUGGGUUCACAAACACGUCCAUUACCGCUAUCCUUCGUAUGCUUACCUGAUGCAACCGACUGCUUGGGGGGUCCAUUCCCUUUUACUCUUUUUCAGUAUAUGGAAAAGGUCUGUUCCUACAAUGCUUAUUUAUUUAUUGUUGUUAAAGUGGUGGUACAGUUAG